AUGGCUUAUACUGCUUCUCCAGCACAAUUUCUUUCAACUGAAGACCAUCUCCGCAAAAUGCUCAGCAAAACAGGCGGCCCAAGUUUCGGAACCGAUGUCAAAUACUUGCCUCGUAAUUCUCAUUCUCCUUUUGGUGACUUUCCCUCAGGCUAUGUGAUUCCUUCAAAACGCAUUUCAACUGAAUUCAAUUUAAGCCCAGUUCAUGAAGCAUCACAAGCUGCAAGCCAGCCUAAUGAAUUUGUCAAAAAAGGCAAAGGUUCAGGAGGCAAAACUUCUUCAUUAUUCCAUGGAAGAGAACAGCCAAUAGAAACUCCUCCUAGAGCUGGAGCUUUUAACAGAAGACAAAUCCCACCGAGUGAAUUCAGGAGAUUUUAUGACCGUGGAGACCUUCCUAUAGCUAUAAGUCAUGGAACAGGCAAUAAAAUUGCAUGGAAAGUUCCAGUGGAACAGCUAGAUUAUCAUCACUAUUUACCUAUUUUCUUUGACGGGAUAAGAGAAAAGCAUGACCCUUAUAGGUUUUUGGCUAUACAAGGAGUUCAUGAUAUGCUUGAACAUGGAGGUAAUAAAGUUCUGCCUGUAAUUCCUCAGCUUAUUAUUCCAAUAAAAACCGCUUUGAAUACUCGAGACGCUGAUAUUAUCAGUGUAGUCUUAAAAGUAUUGCAAAAAUUGGUAACGUGUGCAGAUAUGAUCGGAGAAGCUUUAGUACCUUAUUAUAGGCAGAUUUUGCCGAUAUUUAAUAUUUUCAAGCAAAAAAAUAUAAAUUCUGGAGACAAGAUUGAUUAUUCACAAAGAAAGAGACAAAAUAUAGGAGAGCUUAUACAAGAAACAUUAGAAUUGCUGGAAACUACAGGUGGAGAAGACGCAUUUAUUAACAUCAAAUAUAUGAUACCAACUUAUGAAAGCUGCGUAUUGAACUAA